AUGAGUACCACAAAUACAAAUACUGCAAAUAGUAGUAAUAAUAAUAAUAAUAAUAAUAAUAAUCAAAAACAAAAACAACAACAAAAACCAAAAAAUAAUGAUAAAGGAUGUUGUGAUCCAAGUGUUAAUCAACCAAAAUCUAAACAAAAACCAAUUGAUAAUAGUAAAGCAAAAUUGAAUACACCAAAAGUUGUUGAUAUGGCGGAGGAUGCAAAAUAUGUUGAUUCACAUGUACAUGUUGACCAACUUUUAAUAAGAUUAAAUAAAUCAUUAACAGAUUUCCCACAAUUUAAACAAGACAACUUUCCAAAACAAUUUGAAAAAUUAAUUCAAGUUUGUUGUGAUCCAGUAUCGAUAGAAUAUGCAGAUUUCUUAAUUGAAAACAAUGAGUGUAUCUAUGGUGCCUAUGGCGUCCACCCUCACAAUGCCAAGGAAUAUAAUGACCAAAUUGAGCAAAAACUAAUAGACAGGAUGAAAUCAAAUCCAAAAGUUGUGGCAUGGGGCGAGAUGGGGUUAGACUAUUUUUACAAUAAAUCUUCAAAUGACGAGCAAAUCAAUGCCUUCUCACGUCAAUUGAAGCAGGCUGUCAAGUUGGGUAAACCAUUGGUAAUCCAUAGUCGUGAGGCUGAGGAGGACACAUUGCGUCUCUUGAAGGAGUUGGUACCUGUUGAUUAUAAAAUUCAUAUCCAUUGUUUCACGUCCAAUAGUGAUUUCGCAAAACAAUUACUUGACCAUUUCCCAAAUCUUUGUAUUGGGUUCACUGGUUGCAUCACUUUUAGAAACUCUCAAUCAAUCAGAGAUAGCGUUGAAGCCGUGCCAAUCGAACGUAUCCUUUUGGAAACUGAUGGUCCAUAUAUGACACCUGAACCAUUCCGUGGUCAAAUUGCUCAUUCUGGGCACAUUCCAAUGGUUGCAAAUGCAAUCUCUCAAAUUAAAAAUAUACCCCUAGAUCAAGUUUUAAAACAAUGUAGAGAAAAUACUACUAAAAUUUAUGGAAUUUAA